AUGGAGGAAAAUAGACAAGUAUUUGAGGCUGAUGAAGAUGCAUAUGGAGGCACGAAUGUACAUAUCAAGGAGUCAAUGGAUUCUAUCAAAUUCAUUGCUAUGCUUAGGGCAUCCAUUUCACAAUGGACGAAUCAGGAAGGAUUUUGGUAUCACCAUGCAGAGGCAAAAUACUUGAUGCUGGUGUAUUGGAUUACUCAAACUCCUCAUACUAUUCCUGCAAAUGGUUCUCACAGAGUUAGUAUUGGGGCUGUUAUUAAUGAUAAUGGAGAGGUAUUAGUAAUCCAAGAAAAAAAUGGGACAUUCAAGGGCACAGGGGUGUGGAAACUGUCUACUGGGGUUGUUGAUGAGUGGAUGGCUAUUGAGGAAUAUGCAGCACAACCUUAUAUAAAGAAGCAUGAAAUUUUCAAUAAAAUAGCAGAGAUUUGCUUAGCAAAAAAAGAGAACAAAUACAAUGGCUUCUCCAAAGUGCUUAUGACUUCUGCAUUUUCUACUAAGAGGACUUAUUUGUACUACAACCAAAACUAA